AUGCAAAUAUGUUAUGACUAUGCGUUGAAAUCAAAAUUGUGUUUCCUUCCCAUCCAACCUCUUUUUUCCGUGUCAUCUCUUUCUAUUUCUCUGCCCCGAGCUGCGACACGAGGUGCGCAGCUCACAGUCACGACGUCUUCUCCAAAGCGCCGCAAAGUUUCCCCAGAGCCUCGCACCAGUCCAGGCCUUCGAGCUCGACGUCACGGCCGCUCCGAACCUCCCUCCCGCUCUCGCCACCCUACAUCUUCAAGCCGGAGCAGCUCGUCCCUCUCUCCGCCCAGAUACGUGCCAGCUCAUCUGCAGUUUCAAUCUGAGACUGUGCCUGGUGGCCGUUCGCCGACUCCCGCGACCGCGACCGCCGGACUCACUCUCUCAAGCGAGCAUUCCGACAUGCCCUCCGACAUUCGAGAGGGCACCCCUCUGAACGCCGAUGGCCGCUCAUCUUCUCCCGGCGAAAAGCGCCCGGCAUCGGAAAUCACUGACUCCGACCCGGAAGGAGGCGUGAGCACGAAUCUUUGCAGCAAUGCGCGCGCCACCGGGGACAAGGCCCGCACAGGCGAUAACUCUGCGGCUCCCACCGCUUCGCGUACGGAUACCGAUGCGCCAGCUGCGGCUCAGCAGUCCGGAUCGGAAUCAUUGAAAUCAGACAAACCUACGAUCGACGAGCAAGUGGCAAAAGUGAAUGCGUUGAGGAACCAGCCGAUACAGAAUGGUCAGAAGGGUUAUGUGGUCUCCAUGGCUUGGUUGAAGAGGGUGCUGGCCAGAACUACCGCCUACGCAGAUCAGGCGGACAAGGAUUCCCAGGAAGCUGAGCUCGGUCCUAUCGAUAACAUGGAUAUCGUGCUAGACACCGACCCCUCCACUCCCAGCUUCAAAGAUGAGUCGGGCGAAACGUUUGUGCCGAUGCGCCCUGGCUUGCAAGUUGAUCAGGAUUUCGUAGUUGUUCCCCAGCAGGCUUGGGACCUGAUGCGCGGAUGGUACGGCGUUGCCGACCAGUCGCCUAUCAUCGUUCGAUACGCUCACAACACGAACUCGCCUGGCGAGGACGAGACGAUUGAGUACGAGACAAAUCCUCCAAUCUUCACAAUCUUCAAAUUAUCCAACCCUUCCGCGGGAACUACGCCAACAACACUAAAAGAAAAGGAUCUUCCGUCCGUCAAGAUAUUGGCUAGUCGCCAGACAAAUUAUCAGAAGUGGUUGAAGGACGCAAAAGAACAAGCUGGAAUCGAGAUGUCUACCAAAGUCCGAGUCUGGAAGAUUCUUCGUCUUCCUCAGAGCACAAACGGUUCGACCGUUACGACCCCGGCUGUUUCCCGCAGUACCUCACCUGCUCCGGCCUUUGCACUGGUUCCCAGCAAGACCGACAAGCUUCUCAUGGAUUUGAAUGUUUUCCUUGGUCUCCCAGAGGGAAGCCAGCGAGAAUUGCUUGACCGUGCCAAAGACCAGACCAACAACGCAAACUACAAUGGCCGCAUGAAUCUGGAUAUGGCUGGUCUCGGAAACGCGGAUUGCCUUGUUCUGGAGGAGCAAAUCGGUGGAACGAAGGGUGGGGAUUGGGUAUCAGAGGCAUCUGCAAGGACCUUGAAGAACUUGGGCAUCCCAGUGAAUCAGCCCAAGACUCUCACUAUCAAAAUUGCCGAGAACAGCCCACCAGCCAGUACCACCAGUGGUAGAUCCACUCCCUCUGGGCCUACCCCUAUCAAAGGAUUCACUGCUCGAGGCCGCAGGGGCCGACCACAGAGACUUCUAGGACUGGAGAACCUCGGCAACACCUGCUACCAAAAUUCAGCACUGCAAUGUCUGCGAGCCGUGGAGGAGUUGACAUACUAUUACCUCAGUGGCGCAUACAAAGCCGAAUUGAACCUCGGAAACCCUCUUGGCUACAAGGGUGCGAUUGCCAAAGGAUGGGCUACUUUGCUUGAUCAGUUGUACAACUCGGAGUCAGGAGAGAGAUUCGCCAAUCCCAAACGUUUCCGGCAUACGAUCGGUCGUUUCUACGAACCUUUUGCUGGCUGGGAACAGCAGGACAGUCAGGAGUUCGUCAUGUUCAUCCUAGAUGCACUCUCAGAGGACACGAACCGUAUUGCGAAGAAGCCAUACACGGAGAUUCCUGACUCUACCGAUGAAAUGGUUCACAAUCGCAAGGCUUUGGAAGAAUUUGCGCUGAGAUCAUGGGACAUCUACAAAUCCCGCAAUGACUCCGUCAUCACCGACCUUUUCGCUGGCAUGUACAAAUCAUCUGUGUGUUGCCCAGAUUGUGAGAAGACAAGCAUUAUCUUUGAUCCUUUCAGCACUCUCACGCUCCCAAUUCCGGGUCCCCCGGCCCUUAUUACCCGAAAGGUGACUUUCGUUCCUCUCGAAGGCCAUCCUGUUUGCCUAAGCGUUCAGCUGGAAGCGUCUCUCAGUUUGAAGGGCUGGAAAGAGUAUGUUGGCAAAUGGAUGGGUGUUAAUGCAGACCAAAUUGUUGCGGGUGAGGUCCACCACGGCUCGUUCUGGCAAUUGUUCCUAGACGACGACGUUUCUUUCGGCUCUCUUCGCACAAAGAUUGACGAUCAGAUCCUGUUCGCCGACGUGGGUCCUCUUGAUGAAGAAGGCAUCCUUCUCCCUAUCUUCCACCGCAAGAACACAUCUCGCAAUGCCAAGAACAACUUCCGCGAUUUGUUUGGCCUUCCAUCAUUCGUCCACUUGUCUCAGGCGGAAUCUCAUGACUUUGAGGCAAUUUACCGCAAAAUUCUCCGCUCUGUUGCGACGAUGACUACUCGUGACAUCCUGAAUAAGGACGAGCCCAGCCUGGAUGACCAAGGCACAGAUGACUCAGACACCGUUGUCACCACAGAAGAUGACGCUCACUCAGCUGACUCCAAGAUCAAAAGCUCAUCUGUAGAAGGUGACGACAGUCUUGUGGACGUUUCCAUGCAAGACGCCCAGACUCCAAAGACUGGCGAUGAUAUGGAAGACUCGGCUUCUGACUCUGACUCCGCGGACUUGCUGCCUCAUCAUCCCCUGGCUGGCAGAAUUUCCCGAGAGCUAUUGAGUCUUUUCGAGGCCAAGGUCCUGGCCACCAAGUCUCCUCUUCCCGAUGGCCGCACUCUAGGCCAAAUCAGAAAUAAAGAAUUGCCUUUGAUUUCCUCUCGUAUUCCAACUGACCAUGAUUCCAAGAAGGGCUCCGACUCUGCUUCCCAUGUUUCAGCAGAAGACAACAGUGAUGACUACAGCGAUACCGAUGGAUCGGAUAUGGAGACCACAAAGGAAGAGUCGAUCCUUCGCCAAGGCGAUGGCAUAGUGUUGGAUUGGACAAAUGAAGGCUUCGAUGCCCUGUUCGGCGGUAACCAGCGUGACAACGAGCUUCGAGGCCAGCCUUCCUACAACAACGUCAAGGUUCUCACGGACCCUGAGGCCGUCGCCAAGCGUCAGGAGCAGGCGAAGCUGAAGGCUGCUGGUGUCACUCUCGAUCAAUGUCUGGAUGAGUUCAGCAAAGAGGAGGUGCUUUCCCGUGGAGAUGCUUGGUACUGCCCUCGUUGCAAGAAACAUGUGCAGGCCCACAAGAAGUUCCAGCUGUGGAAGGCUCCCGACGUUCUGGUCAUCCAGCUCAAGCGUUUUACCCAGGCCCGUAGCUUCCGAAGCAAGCUGGACACCCUGGUCAAAUUCCCUCUUGAUAAUCUGGACUUGAACGGUCGUGUGGAGGGUCCUGCAGAUGGAAAGAGCUUGGAGUACGAUCUUUUCGCCAUCGACAACCACCUCGGUGGACUGGGUGGGGGCCAUUACACUGCUUACAUCAAGGACUUCUUGACCGGUGAAUGGAACCAUUGCAAUGAUACCCACGUUCGCCCUGUCACACAGCUUUCAUCUAUGAUUUCCUCCAAUGCCUAUCUCCUAUUCUACCGUCGUCGUUCCGCUCGUCCAUUGGGCAACCAGGAAUUGCAGGAAAUGGUGGAGUCUUACAAGACUCCUACGGCUGACGGUGGCAAUUCGUCUGCCUCCCAGUCACCUUCGGGGGACGGCCUCGGCGCCUCCUCCCGCAAUGGCUCUUCGAGCGCCUUAGCCCCAGCCGGGGCAACCCCCCAAGCGGGAAAUAGUGGUUUGCGCGCCAACAAUGUGGGGACGGAGGAGAACGAUGACGACGAAUAUUCUACAGACGAUGACAGUGAUACUGGCUUCGAAAAUGGCGAAUCCGAAGGUAUGACUCUCACCAACAACGAAGAUGAGUCCGAUCACGAGGACGAGGGACUCCCGUACCAGGACCCAUUCAGCAUCUUCAAGGAGCCUUCCUGGUCCUUCGAUCAAGCGACCGAAGCUCACGACAUUCCACAGAUGACUCCAGUUAAUGCCUCUCAUGACGACGCUGGGCUUUUUGAUGACAACGACAGCACCGUUGCAGUCGGUGACGAAAUGGACAUGGACACUGGUCUCCACGACCUUGAUGAAGCUACUCCCGCCGCUCCCACUCCCCAGACUGGUGCCUCUUUCGUUUCCAUGAUGGAAGAUGAGUCCUCCGACGAACUCCCGGUUAUGGAGUUGCGUGUGGGCGACGAGGACAAGAUGAUUUCGGAUUAA